AAGAACAUCGACCCGGAAGUGAUUAGGACAUGGUUCGUUACCUUUCUAUGAAGCCACCUGCUAAAAUGUCUAAACCAACGUCUCUAUUUGUAAUCUUCUUUUCUUUAUUUGUCAUGAGUGAAGCUGUCUUCGAAGAUCAAGUUGGCAAAUUUGAUUGGAGACAACAGUAUGUGGGGAAGAUAAUCUUUGCCCAUUUCGACUCGCAUUCGCAGUCGUCUAAAACGCUGUUUGUCGCUACCGACAAGAAUAUCUUUGCGUCUUUCAACUCCAGGACUGGAGAUCUCUUUUGGAGACAUGUUGACAAGGCGGGACCAGAGGGAACCAUAGAUAUACUUUUGCUGCAUGGACAAGAUGCGCUGAUGGUGGUUGGAGGUGGUCGUUUGCUCCGUUCCUGGGACACCAACAUGGGCGGGUUGAACUGGGAGGCCGUGCUGGAUACUGGCAGCUUCCAGGCUGCGUGUUUUGUGGCCGUACAGGACACAGUAAAGCAUGUAGCGGUGCUUAAGAAAGCUGCCAUCUCUCUCCACUACCUCACCAAUGGACACCAGAAAUGGGUGGAAAACCUGCCUGACAGUGAUACGGUCCAGUACCAGGCAGUGUACUCUGGGGGAGAAGAGGAGGUCUAUGUGUUGGGGGUGGUUCCUAACUCUCACCUCACUAUCAUAGCCUACAGCCUAGAGGACGGAGAGAUCAUCAAGCAGAGGUCAGUUGAAGCCCCGUGGCUGUCCAGUGUUGAGUCCAGCUGUGUGGUGAUUGGUCAAGGGCCGGGAGCGCCACAGUUCAACCAGAUCCUACUGCAGUCUCUGGACCUGGAGGUGUCCCCAGGCUUCCAGCCUGUCCUGGUGUCCAGCCAGCCCCACCCGGCCCGCUCCCCAUCUCAGAGUUCUUUCUCAGCUCGGACCCAGACCACCACGUCCUGCUGCAGCUCAAUGCUGAUGAAUACACCAUCGCCCCCUCAGAGACUUCCAGCG